AUGACCCUGACGACUGUACAAUUACUGCAAUUACCCUCUGCUAAUGGAUUUUUAAAUUCGGUAUGCCCAGGUAUAACAUAUUUGGAUUAUAAUGUUCAUUUUAGCCUUGAGGAGGAUCUAACCAAAUUACCCCAACAUGGGCUGCUAGAGCUAGAUUGGCCAUUAGUAGGAAAUCAUUCUACAGCCACUAAUAAGGCAUUGUUGUCUCCUACAUAUCUACACAUUUCGAGGCCUCCGUUGAAUAGGGUGCCAGGGUCGAAUGAAUCAACUACGUACGUUUCAAUGCCGUACCAUAUAACUAAUUUUUUUGAAAAGAUUGUAAAAACCAAAGAGGCUGCUAAAUCAAAGGACGGGGGUAUGCAUAUUGGAGCAAAUGUGAACCCACUAGUACAUGAUCCAUUCAAAUUAAUUCAUUUGAAUCCGGGAUGCCUUUCCACUAUGAUUGACCUCGAUAAUAUGAAGAAUGCAAGUGCAAAUAGCCAUAAUUUUGCAAGUAAAAACCCAUUCAAUAAGCUAACAAGUAACUUUAACAAGUUAUUGAAGAUCACGAAUUCCAAUACUAAUGCGAAUGAUAAUAAUAGUAAUACCCAUAACUUACUAGCAUUUUUGCCUGACAAUAAAUCGAAUUCGAACGGUCAUUUAAUAGAAAGAAUAAUGAAUUAUGACAAUGAAUCAUAUUUGAAUGAGUUGAAUUCUCCGAAGACUUCUAAAUUAUUGAUUUCGUCCCAUAUCAAUGUUUUGAAUGUAAUCAGUAUAGAUGAUGAAUCAAAUUAUAAAAAUACGCAUGAAAUUUUCGCCGAUAAACCUAGCUUACCUUAUAAUGAGGAAUAUAUACAAGAAGGAACACAAUACCCUAAGGUUAUUGAGAAUCCUUUGUUGCGGAUCCAAUUUCAACAACAUCUGAUUAUCACAAGCUUAGUGGCAUUCACAAGCUUAGCUCAACAUCCAAUUGUUGUUCUUGGUUUCGGAAGUGGUGAAAUUGUCAUGAUAAAUUUAUCAUUGUUGACUUAUCAAGUAUUUGAUGAUUUGAGCUCUAACCCUGUGAUGCCAGAUUCUGCAUCCUUUAAUUCUUAUUCUUAUUCGAAUAAUCUAAGGCAAGCCUCGGUAACUAGCUUAUCUAUAAUUUCCAAUAACCUAUACGAGUUUUUAAUAGUUGCAGGUUAUUCCAAUGGCGAAGUCGCUAUCAUCGACCCAUAUGCCAAAUCAAAUGAUGAUAAAUCUAAACUACGCUAUUCGAAGCGUGUUGUUGGAAAAGACGAUCAUGUUACAUACUUCAAGAAAUUUGAUUUAAGUCCUUUUACAACUACCAAAGAGCAAUUAGAUGAAUACCCUAAUUACCUCAUUGGUCAUAUGAAGGUUAGCCACAAGGCUAUCACAUCAAUAACAUCAACUUUACCCUAUAAUACAAACGAUAACUAUAAUCAGUCUAAUCCCAUGAUAGUAGCUAUUGCUUCGGAUGAUGGUUUGGUAAGAUUUAUAGACCUUGUUUCUACAUACAAUAUGAACUAUGGGGAUACAGGUAAUCCGUUGAAUAACUCUUUAAUUUGUGAUAUGAUUUCAAACUACUUCCACAAUCAAAUUUCAGAUAUUCAAUUUUCGCCAGAUUUUAAAUUUUUCUGUGUCGUGGGUAAGGGGGAUCUAAUUGAAAUCUUUAAAAUGACUUAUUACAAUAUCAAUGGAUUUUUAACAAAAUAUUCCAAUAAUCACCAUGCAAAUAAUACCAAUCCAACUGGGACUUCAAACUACGCAGGUAUUUCUGGACGAAGGUCUAGAAGUGGAACAAUUAACAGUGCUAACUCAGGAAGUGGUGCGAAUAUUCCCAUCAACAAUCAAUUCUUAUCACCUACGUCGACGAUGCCCUCAAAUACCUAUGAGCAUGCAAGGUUCGAUGAAUCAAUCCAUAACGUGAGCAAUUCAAAUAUUAAUAUGGAGCUGACUUAUCCUCUUAUAGUAAAAGAUAUAAAGAUUGUUAGUAGAUUUAAAGGACAUACGAACACAGUUCAUAAAAUCAAAUUCGUUUUAAACGAGGAGAAUAGAGAUAAUAUAGAACUGGCAUCAUCUAAUAGCCCUGUUUAUAAACUAAUCAGCUGUGGAUAUGACGGACAAAUAAUAAUUUGGGAGUUUGAUUAUAAGGCACUUCCAAAGGUUAAAAGGCAUCAUCAUUUAGUAAGUAAACAGAAAAGAAGAUAUUCUAUGCAACCUUCACCACCACCACCAUUCCAACCUCAAUUUAAAUCUAAACAAGUUACGCAUAAUCCAAGUAAUAUUUCUUCUAACAGAAUUUCUGCUUCAAUGUCUAUGAAGACGAACCAAAACUACCAUGCACGAAAUAUAUCACUAACUCAGCCAGAUGAUGCAAUGUCACCAUCAAUGUCUAUGGCAUCAUUUCAAUUUAAUAAUUUGAAUGCACCGUGGAAUAAUGCAGUAGGUGGCACGAUGUCAAAUAUGGCUUCUGUUUUAAAUGGUCGCAAUUGCAGCCGAGAAAUAUCGCUGGAAAAUUUAACUGAUAAUAUUCAAGUAAUUGUUGCGUUAUAUAAAUCACUUUAUGACUUGAGGUUGAAAAGACACUAUACAAGGUUAGUAUUACAGGAGUCAAAUAAUUAUAAAGCGAAGAAAAGGUAUUCUACAAUAAUACAUCCUAUUAUUAGCGAUAAGCUUGUGCCUUCCAUUGAAGUGCCAUUGCUAGUAAUUGAUUUGUCGCAUUGGAUUAAAGAUGGAAGAUUGGAUGGUUUUUAUUUGGAUAAGCUAAAUUUCUGGUGUUUUGGCAAAAAUGGGGACAUAUUUAGGUACCAAAUUAAAUAA